CAACAUGGGUCACGUAAUAAGAGGCUGGUCCGAAUCAAUAGCUGACUCAUAGCUAAGAUAUAAAACCUCAGAAGCUCCAGUGCUCUUCACACAGCCAGCGUCUCCCUCUCCUCACUCACCCUUCCUUCAGUUCCCUUCCUCCUCCGACGAGAUGUCUCACCAGAGAAAGCAGCCCACCCCUCAGCCGCCAGUGUUCUGUGGGAAAACCUCCGGCGGCGGCGGCGGCGGCGGCGGCUCCGGUGGCGGCUGCGGCGGCGGCGGCGGCGGCGGCGGCGGCGGCGGCUCCGGCUGUGGCGGGGGCUACUCCGGCGGCGGCGGCUCUGGAGGCUGCGGAGGUGGUUCCGGUGGAGUCGUCAAGUCCGUUGGCGGCGGCGGCGGCGGCGGCUCCGGCUGUGGCGGGGGCUACUCCGGCGGCGGAGGCGGCGGCUCCGGCUGUGGUGGGGGCUACUCCGGCGGCGGCGGCUCCGGAGGCUGCGGAGGUGGUUCCGGUGGAGUCGUCAAGUCCGUUGGCGGCGGCUCGUCCGGCGGCGGCUCCGGCUGUGGCGGGGGCUACUCCGGCGGCGGAGGCGGCGGCUCCGGCUGUGGUGGGGGCUACUCCGGCGGCGGCGGCUCUGGAGGCUGCGGAGGUGGUUCCGGUGGAGUCGUCAAGUCCCUUGGCGGCGGCGGCGGCGGCGGCGGCGGCAGCUCCGGCUGUGGUGGGGGCUACUCCGGCGGCGGCGGCUCCGGAGGCUGCGGAGGUGGUUCCGGUGGAGUCGUCAAGUGCGUUGGCGGCGGCUCGUCCGGCGGCGGCUCCGGCUGCGGUGGCUACUCUGGCGGCGGUGGAGGCUCCGGCUGCGGCGGGGGCUCGUCCGGCGGCGGUGGCUACUCCGGCGGCGGCUCUUGCGAGCAGGUCACGUACCAGAGCUACGGAGACGUCUCUAGCGGCGGCGGUGGCGGCUCCGGCUGCGGGGGCGGCUCCUCCGGCGGCGGCUCCGGCUGCGGGGGUGGCGGUUAUUCUGGCGGCGGCGGCUGCGGCGGGGGCUCCUCUGGCGGCGGCUCCGUUUGCUCUUCCCAGCAGACCACCCAGACCUCGUGCGCGCCCCAGCAGAGCUGUGGAGGGGGGUCGUCUGGGGGCGGCGGUGGCGGCAGCGGCUGCUUCUCUGGAGGCUCCUCAGGGGGCGGCGGCGGCGGUGGCUGCUUCUCCGGCGGCUCCUCAGGGGGCGGCGGCGGCGGUGGCUGCUUCUCCGGCGGCAGUUCGGGUGGCGGCGGCGGUGGCUGCUUCUCCGGCGGCUCUUCAGGCGGCGGCGGCGGCGGCGGCGACGGCUGCUCCUCUGGGGGCGUGCCGGUGUGCCACCAGACCCAGCAGAAGCAGGCGCCUACCUGGCCGUGCAAAUAAGGCCCUCUGGACGCCACGGAGGCGAAGGAGCUGGAGCUGUUUUCCGUGGGCGCCGAUGGGCUUAGUGCUCUCAUGAUAUUGCACUGAGGUUUCCAAAUUUAUGUUUUAACCCACAUGGAAGAAGUCACUGAGCAUUCAUGCUGUGUUUUGUUCUGCAGUUUUUCUGCCUUAGUUCCUGUACACCUACCUCCCAACCCCGAUGCUUCCUCAGCCAAUAAAUUUGCAAAUCAUGAGAA